UGUAUGUGUUUGUUUUUCUGGACUGGGAGAGCUUUUAGAUGAAUGGGUGUUCGUUUUCACUUCCUCAUUCCUCCUUCUAGUCAUUAUUAAUCUUUGUUCCUGUUGGAGGUUCCUGUGUUCACAAAAACACAUCGCCAGUUUUUGUUUUUCCUUUCAGCUAUAUAUUCAACUUGCCUUCCUGUUGAUUUGGACUUUACAUCACUUUGUGAGGUGUAGUAUUACUAUCUGAAGAUGAUGUAUUAUAUUUGAUAUAUUUGGAAACGAAAUGUCCACCUUUUCUGAAAACAUGGAUCUUACAAAGAUUUCGGAGUAUGACCCAUCUGUUAAGCUCGCAAUCCCACCAUCCUUGGAGCAUAUAGACUGGAACAAAGCGAUCCUUAGAGCAGAACAAAAUGCCAGGAAGAUACGAGAGCAGCUGCCCAGAGGGCCCAAUUACUCGAUGAGAAGUGAAACAAAAAGGUUGAAGAGUUUCUUUAGUCUAUACGACCCUUUGUCACCUUGGUGCCCAAAAGAAAUGGCUUCUGCUGGAUUCUUCUGUACAGAAUUAGAAAGCAGCAUUCAAUGCUUUUGCUGUGGGCUAGUCCUCUGCAAACCAUCUAUUACUUAUACUCCCAUAGAAAGGCAUAGACAUUUCAAUCCUAACUGUGAAUUUGUUAAAGGUGGUGAUACUGGGAAUAUAUUAAAGUAUGAAGUUCACCCGAGGCCUGUAAAAAGUGCACAGAAAAAUUGCGAGGAAUCAAUGAAAGGUGAACAGGCCAGGUUACAAUCGUUUUCCUGUUGGCCACCCUAUGCCCUAAUAGAUCCUUCUGCCCUGGUACAGGCUGGAUUCUUCUUCACAGGAUCAAGAGACACAGUGCAGUGCUUCUCCUGUGGGGGAUGUAUAGGAAUAUGGGAGAAAGAUGAUGAUCCUUGGAGAGAACAUGCAAAGUGGUUUCCUGAGUGUACAUUUCUAAAGAGCAAAAUAUCUCCAGAAGACAUUCAGCAGUAUGUUCAAAAUGAGCGGAGAUAUAAUGGAAUAAUGGUAGAAACAUUCACAGAUUUUCUGGAUCAUGAAACAUUAUCAUUGCCAGGAACCACACAUAGACAGGCUCCGCUUUUUGAACAAGUGACAAUGUUAAAAAAGAAGCUCAUUGAAAAGUACAGUGAUGCCACUUUCUAUAAAGUAUCCCCAUUCGAAGAUUCCAUUUCCAUAGAUCUGAACUUGCUUUUUGCCGACAUAUCUAUUGUGUUAAAGAACACCAGGAAUCAACCAGUGAGACAACUCAUUUUACCAGACGUCCUAUCAGAGCUGAAGGAAAUCACUAUGAUAGAAGGAGAGGCUGGCAGUGGAAAGACGGCACUGCUCAAGAAAAUUGCCAUACUGUGGGCCUCUGGGAAAUGUUUUAUACUCAGCAGGUUCAGCCUUGUUUUUUAUAUUUCCCUUUCUUCCACUGAGAGCCAACAAUCUCUAAGUGACAUCAUUUGCCAGCAGCUAAUUGGAUCCAAAGAAUCUCUCACAGAAGAGCUAUUGGGUGAUAUUAUAAAACAUUUAAUGGACAAUGUGCUGUUCCUUCUGGAUGACUAUGGCAUGACGGAUUCAACUUCGAGAGCAUUAGAGGAACUGUUGUUGAAGAACCCUUGGAACCGAGUGACAUUUGCAGUCACGGUGAACCCUAACAAGUCAGGGAAGGUGCGACAAUAUGCAAGUACUAUAAUGAGUAUUGGAAAAUUCCCUCUAUACAGUACUGUUUAUUUAGUGAAGAACCAAUUUCCACAUGACAUGGAGUAUGUCAAAGAAUUUACAGUGAAGCUACAAGUUUGUGAAAACCUGAAAUCGAUUUUGCAAACACCUCUAAUGAUCCUUACUCAUUGUUCUACACAACAUCAAAAUCCUAGUGGCAGUACAUUUUGUGACACAAAUCUUUUUAAAACAUACAUAAAAUAUAGCAUGCUGAAAUUUCCUGCUGAGAGAGAAGAAGUGAUGUCACAGAUGUCGGCAUGUGGAGAACUGGCCCUCAAGGGUCUUUUUCAAUCACAAUUUCAGUUCACAGACAAUGAUUUAAGAGCAGCUGGAGUUGAUAGUGACAGAGCCAUGAAAUACGGACUUUUGAGUAAAUUCACAGCACAAAGGCUUCAGUCUAUCCAUAGGUUUUUUGAUCCAUCAUUCCAGGAAUUUCUUGCAGGAAGCAGGCUAAGUGAACUUUUAGAAUCUGAACAACCAAAAGAUCUGAACAAAGGUCUCUACUACCUUCAUCAGGUUAAUACUUUCCUCAAACUUAUAGGACGUUACAGCUAUUUCAUGAAAUACGCCGGAAGCAUCUCUGCAGUGGCAACUGUGAAGAUGUUAUCCUUUGUAUUUAGCCUGUAUGACAAUCCCGAGGCACUAGAUUGCCAUUUAGAAAACAGAGAACAUUUGAAGCAACAUCCGGAGCUUGAAGUGGAAGAGGAGGGGUUUAUUCUAAGCCUACGUAAACAUAUUACACUAACCACUUCUGUAAUAUGCAUGGAUCGACUGAUGACAUUUGCUGUUGAAGCAGCCAUUGCAUGUCAGGGUCUUCCUGAAUGUGCUCCUGUGAUCAUGCAAUUUCUUGCCGGGAAAACCGCCACCUUCUCCAUAAGAUCUGUGUUUAAUCCUUCAAGAAGUAUCCUGACUUUCAUAGAGAAGUUCCCUAAAAGUAUUAGUGUACUGAAAUCCUUUGAUUUUAUCAUGCACAAUUCAAAUGAAGAGUACAGAGGACUGGACAGCUCAAUAUUUAGAGGCUUUGCAGCAUAUGGAGCUCCUACUGUGGAAAGUGACUACUCAUCUGCUUAUCUGUCACUCAAUGCUCAAAUUCAGCACAUUGAAAAGAAAAGGGCUUUUAUGAAUGAUCAAUAUUUUUCACUCUUACCCCAAAGAAUUAAAAUCAGUGAUGCAAUUAUUCGUCCAUUUAUGGGGCUUGGUAGGCAUAAAGUGCCUACAUUCAGGUUGAUAGCAAAUUAUAUUAACAAUGACAACUUUUCUUCAGAUGAAUUUCAGAAGCUUUGUGUUCUUUUCUCAAUGUCUAAUCAUAUUGAGCUUAUUUUGAAAAACUGUGGAGAUUUUGUGAAGCACAUUGGCCCGGCAAUUAAACAGUUCUCGGAUUCUUUUAAAGUAUUGAGCUUUAAUAACACACAACUGACUGCAGAGGAGCAAGAUUUGAUACUUCAAAUGUCUUCUGUGGAAUCCUUGGAUAUUAGAAACUCUGUCAGUUCUUAUUAUCCUGAGAUACUAGUUUGUGGCAUUCACAAAUUUCCUGAAUUGACUGAACUUUUUUUUGACCUUCCUGAAAACCCAGAGGUUUUCGAUCAUUUACCAGAUGAAUUUCAAAGACUGCAAAAAGUGAAAAAGAUUGUUUUUCUGUCUAAUAAAUCUGAAAUCAAACCAAAAAGGUUUGUUCAGUUUCUCCGAAGCUUUGAAAACCUGGAAUAUCUGGACUUAAAUUUACAAAAUGUGGAUUGCAGUGAUCUCAUGAACUCACUCGUGACUUGUAAAAAGCUGAAAGAGCUUCAUCUCCAUAUAUCAACGCUACAGGAGAGUGACAUGGCUGUUUUGGCAACAGAAAUUAAGAACUUUACAUCGCUGAAAUGUGUAAAUCUGGACAAGCUCACUGUUACAGAAAAAGAUACAGCAGAGACCCUAGCUGUGGCAUUGGGCUCCCUCAUUCAUCUGGAAAAGUUGUAUUUGCCAAAGGGCCAAGGAAUGACUUAUGCUGCUAAAUACUUCAUUGAACAAUUCAGGAACCUUGAUAACCUCCAGUUUCUAGCCAUGAAAGAGAUUCUAGAUGAUGAAUCCAUUGCACUUUUAGCUGAUAUUACAAGAAACGGCUAUCUGACAAAGCUUCAACAACUUGAACUGCAAAUCAACACCAACGUCACUGAAUCUGGGUGGAGAACAUUUUUUGAGAGAUCAGGUCACAUGCCAAAGCUCAGUCAUCUGGAUAUAAGUCGCAUGUACACACAGCAUAUUAAGUCCAACGCUUUAACUGUCAUUGCCUUUGUGCGAUUUGUGUCCAGACAACCACACUUGUUGACCAUUAUGAUGUAUGGCUGGCUGCUCGAUAAAGAUGAUUUAAAUAUGUUUAACACAAUGAAAGAGAGUCACCCUCAAGCUAAAAGUUUACUCAUUGCUUGGCAGUGGUAUUUGCCAUUUUCACCAACCAUUGAGAAUUAAAUAAUUAAA